AUGCCACCGACGAAGAAGGGAGACUUGGAUAAGUUAGCAUGGGCAUGGAUAGAAAGUGUCGAUCCAGACAAGAUCGAGAAAAUACAUUUGGAAACUGCAUAUAGGAUUGGAUUAAAGAACUGCAAAAAUUGCAAGCGUAAUUGCACCUAUAAUCCCCAAUGUCUGACAGGUUUAGGGGAGGAAAAGUAUAUGAAGUCCCAGCCAGCGGAGGUAGUGUCUUUAGAAAGUUCCUUAUCUGAGUUACGCGAUCCGACCCAAUAUGUCGGCUUAAAGAAUUUAGGUGCUACCUGCUACGUCAAUAGUUUAAUUCAAAUGUGGUUCCACAAUGAAGAUAUGAGGAGAAUAAUAUACAAAUGGGAUAUUACGGAAGAUCCAGAGGAGAAGGAGGCGUUGUACCAGUCUAAGAAAGCGGGAAUACCCUACCAUCCAGCAACCGCGGUCGGCCAAUUGCAGUACAUUUUUGCAAUGAUGCAAUUUGGCAAUCGGAGCCUCCUCGAUCCAAUCAAUCUUGCAAUCGCGUUAUCCCUGGAUACCAGAACGCAGCAAGACGCUCAGGAAUUCUCCAAGCUGCUAUUGUGCCAUAUCGAAGGAAAGCUGCAGCAAAACUCAGAGCUGAAGCAGAUGCUGCAGAGGCUGACUCAGGGAAAAUACAGCUAUAUCAAUCGUUGCUCCACGUGCAGCACCGAGUAUCCUACGUCCACGACAUUCUAUGAGUUGGAUUUACAGCUGGCGGCAACAUUGAAAGAAGCGAUCGACAACUAUUUGUCGGAAGAACAACUGACGGGGGCGAAUCAAUACCAUUGUGUUACUUGCAAUGAUAAAAAGGACGCCAGGCGAUUUAUACGACUGGAAUCUCUCCCGGAGACUUUGAAUAUUCAGCUAAUGCGCUUUGUAUUCCAUAGAGAUUCCGGACAGAAAAAGAAGUUGAAUUCAUAUAUUCAAUUUCCCGAAGAUCUCGAUAUGUCGGAAUAUAUUAGAUGUCCGCCUCAUACUCAUCUGUACAGUCUCGUCGCCGUAUUGAGCCACAAAGGUCCAUCCGCACAUUCUGGGCAUUACAUUGCGAAUAUAUGUAAUUCAAGUGGGGAGUGGUAUCAGUUUAGCGAUGAUAAAGUUGAAAAAAUGCAGAAUAAACGAAUCGAGGAUGGUGUAAAUGAUAAACCAAUGAAACGUGGACGUGUUCCAAAAGGAUUUCUAUCAUCCAAUACAGCUUAUAUGUUGGUCUAUAAAAAGUUAACUGCAGAUAGUCGAACAAACGCUACAAAGAAAGUGAAAUUGAAGAAACCUGACGCGGAGGUAUCCUGUGAUAUUAUUUGCCUCGAGAAGCUUACGGUUAAAGAAAAAUCGGAUAUUCAAGAUGAAACAAAACAGAAGCAUGUUGAAGAUGCAUCAUUAUCUCAAGAAGAAAAGUUAUUAAUUGAAAACGAAACAAAGAUAUCGACAUUAGAUUCAGAAAAUAUAGUAGAAAAGGAUGAAUCUACGAUAAAGACUGAUACAUUUACUACGGAUGAAACUACGGAAACUGUCGCUAAUACAAAUGGAUGUAAAGAUACGCAUGAUUCUACCGCCGAACAAUUACAGAAUAAAACUCAUUGUCUAAAGCAGCCGGUGGUGAAAGUUGUUAAACUUGAUUAUAAACGAUUGAAUGGUGACGCACACAGAGCUAUGAGUUGCGGAGAACGUGAUUUUUACGAAGAGAUGGAAUUUGAGAAUUGGCAAGUAAGUAGCACAAUGCGUGAUCUUGUCAGACAGGAAAAUGUUAAACAUGAAUUGAGUUUAUUAGCCGCACAGCAAGAAAAACAAAAAGAAAUUGAGGAUCAAAAUUCUAAACGACAACUUGUAAUUGAUGUAUAUAACAUAAUCCAAUCAACAGAAUCUUGGAGUAAUUACUACUGGAUACCAACCGAUUGGCUAUCGAAAUGGCUGAACGGACAUUCCUCUGCACUUGACGUCCGUCCGAUUGACAAUUCUAAUUUAAUGUGCUCGCACAGUCGACUUGAUCCAUUGAAAGUUAGUCGAAUGAAAUGCGUGCCAGAAUUGGUAGCUAAAAUGCUUUACGAUAAAUAUCAAGGAGGCCCACAAUUAGAUCAGACAUUUUUGUGCGAAAUUUGCGUGAAACAACGCUGUAAAUUAUUACGCUUUAAGGUAGCACUUGAACGGGAUCACAAAGAAGUUGGAGAGUUAAUUCGUACAUUUAAAGAACCUACUGAAACGAGUUAUAUAAUUGGUACUGAUUCAUUACGAUCAUGGCGAAGGUUAGCUAUGGAAACGUUCCAAGAGGAUAUAGAACAAAAGGUGGACGAUUGUCAGGAUACUCUCCAGGAGGACAGCAAAAAUACGGACAAAGACGGCAACGAUUGUCCAAAGGAAGUCGAGGAGAACAAGGAGAAUGAAGUUAUCAUAAACUUCAACGAAGACUUACUCUGUGAGCACAAGUCUCUUAAAACGGCAGAUUCUAGUAGGAAAGUGAUACCUCAAGAAGCAUGGUUGCUUCUCAAGAAAUAUUUUCCAGAUUCGAAAGAAUAUCCCAUUGGAUCGCCAUCCUGUUCAGUUUGCGAGGAGAAGAUGGAAAAUGCUCAAAGAGCGAAAAAAGACGACAAGAUAAAGGCGAAGCAGCAGAAAGACGAGCUCACCGACUUGUAUUAUGGAAGGAAUAGGAAUGAGAUCGUCAAGUGUAACGACUCUGAGAAAUCUUUCUACAUCGUUGAGAAAGGCUUUUUGGACAGUUGGCGUUCAUUCAUUCGAUACACGGAGAUUUACUCGAGAACAUCGCCGACAGGCAUCCAGAAUGCGUCGCUCCUCUGCGAGGAUCAUAAAGGAUUCCUGCAUUCGCCCAGAAUUAACAACGAACUAUAUAGUAUAGUAACCGCGGAGGAAUGGUCGAAGCUUAUACAAUUCUACGAGGCCGACUAUCCCAUUGUCAUAAGGAAGACUGGCGAUGACUAUCAGACGAAUCCCGGCCCGUGCGCAGCCUGCAUGUUAGCGAGGGUUGAACAGGAACGCCUGGAGAGCUUGAAGUAUGAUAGAGCGACUAUCUACAUCAAGUGUAUCGAUGAUAACGAAGAAUCCAAGACAACGGACAACGAUUACGAGGUAGCGGUAAAAAAACCGAAAAUGGAGAAGUCACGUCCAUCACGAAGUAGAAGAAAAUUAAAAGGAUCUCACGAGCUCAAAGUGUCUUCCGAGAUUACGUUGAAAGAACUCAAAGUAAUGACGAUGCAGAUUUGCGGCGCUGGACCCUACGAUCAACACAUAAUGCUAGGAGAACACGAACUCAUCGACGAUAAUCUGAGCUUAGCGGCACUCGGAAUAUUUCCUGGAGCUCUGCUCACGUUAAAGAUUGAUGCACCGUUAGAAAAUGAGACUGACGUCGAGUCCGAUGCUUACAACUUCGAAUCUUCAUCGCCGGAGAAGGGCUUCAAAGGAACGGAACUGGUGCCGAGCUGAUCUGUAUGAACAUAAUGUAGCUAAUUUUCUCUAACGUUUAAUAAUAGUCGAUUUAACGCAAGAUAUUUUUAUACACAAUCUAUACAUUAAUGUAUAUACAUAUAUCUCUACAUGCAUAUUAAAUAUAUAAAUAUUUGAUCCUUAUGAACAUGCGUCUGCGUUACCGACAAGUUAUGGAAAAGAUUAUAAUUCUAUGCUGUUGUGUCUUUACAACUUAUGCUAUAUGAUCUAUUUGUUAAGGAAAUAGUAACGACAUCAGACUUGUAAGACGUAAAAGAAAGAUACGGAAGAUAAUGAAAGUUCUCGUAACAAGCUUGUUGAUUUGAACACUAGGAUAAUGAAUUUUAUAAUUUAUUAAAUUUUUGUGGGUCGAAGAAAUAAAGUAGAAACACGGACAUGCUUCCAUUUUUUUUCUCGAUUAAUACAUUUGUUUACGGUCGAAACUGUAUUCAUAUAUUCACCCGAAUGUACAUUACGCGAAAAAUUUUAAUGAAGGUUUUAUAGAAUAUGUAUUUAAUUCGUUUGUAUAAAUAUAUAGCUCGAUGAUA